UUGAACCUUUGGUGCCUUGGUAGGUGUCACUCGCUUUUUGUUACACCGGUAAGGCGUUUCCAGGCCUGAACCGCUGCUAUUUGCAAGCGCAAGGAAACUCCCACAUGUUGACAAGGUUGUCUUCUCCCGUCAUCUCAGUCGUGGCGAGAGAGCACUCCGAGCUACCCACACCCAAACCGGUCACUAAGGUUCCGGACAAGGGGCAGAGACUGACGGAUAAGCCCAUGUCGGUGGUGAAUGGUGCGGCAAUGCUUGACUUCACGUUCUCGCCUACCAACCCCUGCAAGUUGGCAGCCGCAUGUGAAGACGGGGUCACACGCGUGUGGACACUGCCGGAAGGCACAGGUGCGGCUGCGGAGGAUUAUUCAGUGGACUCCAUUGCGUCGGCGGGGGGUCAUGCGCGAGUCGUCCUCCUCAAGGGCCACAACAAGAAAGCUCACCUCGUCAGAUUCUGCCCCAUCUCACACGACGUGAUUGCUACCGCAUCUUAUGGUAAAGAGUUGGGUUGCUGUGUGUUCUUGUACUCUAUCGUGUGUCGACUUCUGUAUGGCAGGAUAUACAUGUAA